AUGUUUAGUGAGGUCGUGGCGAAGCUUAUAUUUGUCGUAUCACUGCGCACACACACGCUUACUGUGGGGGGGGGGUGGAUAGGCCGAUACGAGAGGGGGGGGAUAGUAUGGGGGUCCGGGGAGCGGGGGGGGGAAGGGGGGGGGGGGGGGGGGGGGGGGGGGGUUGUGAAGUGUGGGGUGUGGGGCGUGGUAGUGGAGGUGAAUGAAGGGGGAGAGUAUUAUAAGAUGAAGGGGGUAAAAGGAGAUAUAAAAGUAAGGGGGGGGGGGGCGGGGUGGGGGGUGGGGGGGUGGGGGGGAGAAGGGGUGGUGGGGGGGGGGGGGGGGGGGGUGGGGGUGAGGGGGGGGGGGGGGGGGGGGGGGGGGGGGGGGGGGGGGGAGGGAGGGGGAGGUGGGGGGGUGGGGUGGGGGGGGGGGGGGUGGGGGGGGGGGGGAUGUGGGGGAGGGGGGGGGGGGGGGAGGGGGGGGGGGGGGGGGGGGUAG